AUGUACUCAUCAUUUCGACUGGAAAUGGACUCCUCUUCUCGUCGACUACUCGUGAUUGGCUAUGGUAGUGUAUCUCAAUGUACAUUGCCGCUUUUAAUCGAUUGUUUCCUAUUAAAAAAACAAAUUCAUUCUCUAACAAUAAUCGAUGUCAUCGAUCAACGGGCACGAAUUGAACCAUAUCAUAAAAUAUAUAAUCAAAUAAACUAUCAACAAGAAGAAAUUACAGUGAAAAACUAUGGAGAAAUUCUUGGCAAGUAUCUAUCCGAUGGUGAUAUUCUUCUUGAUCUUGCAGUGAAUCUUGAAACAAGAUGUCUAUUAAAAUGGUGUCAUGAUCAUAAGGUGUGCUUCGUUAAUACAUCUGUUGAAUUAUGGGAUCCAUUUGGUGAAGCAUACAAAAAUGAUCCACGUCUAUUAACAUUAUAUCAUCGACAGAUGCAAUUAAUUCAAAUGCAAAAUGAGCCAACAUGGAAUAAAAAUGGCGCUACAGCAGUACUGGAUCAUGGUUGUAAUCCAGGACUUGUUUCACAUUUUGUUAAACGAGCACUUAUUGAUAUGGCACAAUGUGUAGUUAAUGAUAAGAAGAUUUUAAUUUCGCCUGGUGAAAAGACUGAUUUACAAAAGGCAUUGAAAACAAAAAACUACCCUCGAUUAGCUUAUCUAUUAGAUAUCAAAGCAAUACAUAUAUCUGAACGUGACACACAAUUAACCAAUGAUCCAAAAAAAGUGAAUGAAUUCGUUAAUACAUGGUCAAUUGAUGGUCUUGCUGAAGAAGCAGUUGCACCAGCUGAAAUGGGAUGGGGAACACAUGAAAAAAUUGUACCUGAAGGAGCCUUUUUUCAUGAUGAGAAAGAAGGUCCAUGCAAUCAAAUUUGUUUGGCUACAAAAGGAAUGAAUACUUGGGUUCGUUCAUGGGUUCCAAGUGGUGAAAUUAUCGGUAUGGUGAUAAGACACGGAGAAGCAUAUGGCAUUUCAAAAUAUCUCACAGUUCAUAGUAAUGAUGAAAAUAAUAACGCAGCUUUAUACAGACCAACUGUUCAUUAUGCAUAUUUACCAUCGGAUUCAACAAUAAAUUCUUUAGUUGAAUUUCGUAUGCAUAAUUAUCAAUUGCAACCAAAACUUCGUAUACUAAAUAAUGAAAUCACUCAAGGUGCUGAUGAAGUUGGUGUUCUUUUACUUGGCGGUCGUUAUGUAGAUGCUUGGUGGACAGGUAGUGUACUUGAUAUUCAUGAAGCACGAAAAUUAGCGCCAGGACAAAGUGCAACAACAUUACAAGUUGCUAUCAGUGUUGUUUCAGCUCUAAAUUAUUGUAUUAAACAUCCGAAUCAAGGAAUAUGUUUACCAGAUGAUCUCGAUGUUGAUGAAGUUCUUGAUAUCUCUACUCCAUAUUUGGGACAAUGGGUUUCGAAAGCAGCUGAUUGGCCACCAAAAAACGAUAAAAUUCGAGACGAUUGGCAAUUUACGUCUUUUCAAGUUGUGGAUUAA